UCUAUUUGUCUCUUUAUGACUCUUUCAGAUGUUGCUCACACUCAAGGUCCGCUUGAUGGAAGUCUUUAUGCUCGAGUCUGCAAGAAAGACUCCUUGGAGGGAGUUGUUACCAUCAAUGGCCUCCCAGCUCGUGAAAACCCCCUGAAGAAUCCAGAGAAUUCAUUACAGCAGAGCAACCAUCCACUUCAAACAAGUGAGCAGACACUUCCUGUGACAGGCCACACCUCUCUCCCAGCUGUAGACCAUACUCUGUCCGUGAGCAGUGACUCAGGCAACUCAACUGCAUCCAUCAAGACUGAUCGUACCGAUGAGCACAGCCAGUCCUUGCAGAUUGCCGCAAGUCAAAACAACCCAACAGCUCACCCACCGCUAAGCCCACAAGAAAAAAGAGAGCUCGACCAACUUCUGAGUGGCCUAGAGGCACCAACUCAGCGGCAGGCCUAUUUGUCCACAUCUACCAGUCCAGGAGGAGGUGUGAGACACCUGGUCCCAGCACAGGUGCACGUCAACGGUGGCCACACUAGGCUUCUUGCGGUACCUUCAACAGAGGAACGGGAAACGGAUAUUCUUGACGAAGAGCUGCCUAAUAGCCAAGAGGGCAACAGUGUGGACAGCCUGGGUACCCUCUCAUCCUUAGAGGGUCAGGCAACACCAGGUAGCCUCUACUACCAAUCGCAAACGCCUGUCAGUGUCCAGAACGACGGCCCGUAUCUUGAGAGGAACGUUCUUGGGGAAAAGCUGAACGAAAUGCCUGUGCAUGGAGUACGCACACCUACAGCAUUACAAGAGAGGGCUGUAGACUCACCAUCGCCCCAGGGGGGAUACAGCAACUACCAAAAUGGAGGAGGGAUGUACCGCUCACAGUCCUUUGGGAACCAGCCAGCCAGUAGCCCUGAAAACAACUCUAAGCUGAUGCCCAGGGCCCCUGAGAGGAGUACCAGCAGUCGAGAGGCUGUUCAAAGAGGUCUCAACCACUGGCACCAGCAUAGUCUUCCAGAUGAUCCUUUUGGGCCUCCUCUUCAGUCAACCCACAGCCUGCCCCACUUCCCAACCCCAGCCUCACAACAAGACAUCGAGCAGUCCAUCGAGGCACUAAACAUGCUAAUGCUCGAUCUAGACCCAAUCAACUCGCACAUGUCUAAGUCCCACAGUGCGCCAUCUGGGGAUACAAGCAUCAGUUCAUCCCAGAUAGCAUUCUCUCAGACCCUGGCCAGGCCUUCCUACCAAGGGGACUCUGCUAUCCAUGGCUACCACAACUCUGGGUCAGUAAAUAACACCCAUUAUCCUCCCCAGCGAUCAGUAGGGAGGGUGCCAACAAUGCCAAACCAGAGUCCAGUUAUGGAUUCUUCAGUGCAGUCUUCUCAGAGGUCCAACAGUGGCUACCAACACCAGAGCACUACCCCGACACACACUCCUGAACCCUACCUCCACACACACCAAUCACCCCACCACUACACCACUGAUUCUUCUUCUAACCUCAACCAACAGAAGCCAAUAAACUCAUAUGCAGGAGUUUCACACUCCCCGGACCUGCAGGGUCCGUCUCCGUAUCCAGGCUACAGCACCUCUUCUUCUCCACUUCCUGCUCUUACCCCGCAGCCUAAGGACAUGUCUCCUUCACCUUUGCCCAGAGAGCAAGAUGCAGAGGAGGAGACACUAAACUUGGAAGGCCUAGUUGCACAUCGUAUUGCUGAGUACAACGCUCGUAUUCGGGGCAUCAGUGAAAGCAUGACACCUCAACAAUCUGACCGCCACCGCUCCUAUUCCUUCUCUGGAGUUCGUACAAGAGGGAUGACUCCAGAGGUGACGCAGGAGACAGGUAGACGUCGGACCACAAGCGAGGGGCAGUAUCAAAGCAGCCAUGAUAGCAUGUCGACGGGGCAUUCGCCAGACUUUGCCAACAAUCUGUCCCUUAACCCAGGAGGAAGACCCAGAGAGGUACGUUCAAAAGGUUUUCGGUAAUUUGACUUUCCUGUUUCUUGUUUUAAUUUAUUUUAUUUUGUCACAAUAUCCACAAAGAAAAAUGUCACAAUUUUU